AUGACAACAAACAAAAAAGGAAAUGAAUUAUUACCAUUUAGGACUGGCGAGCUUGAAACAGGUGCUAAUAAUUUAUCAAUUCAAAUUUUUGUUUCUAUAAUGACAACAAACAAAAAAGGAAAUGAAUUAUUACCCUUUAGGACUGGCGAGCUUGAAACAGUUGAGAAAAUAAUUGCGAAGACUGCCGCUAAGAUUAACAAGAUUGACGCCGUAAUUAACUUUCGCCUAAACUAG